CGCAACCGGAACUACUAGAACUUCCCGUCCUGUCCUUCACAUGUUUCGGCUGCUAGCAAAUUGACCGAUUUAUUCGUCUUUUAUUUAUUUUUGACCGCCAUUAUGCAGAUAUGCAGUGUGUGCAGCGAGCAGACGCCGAAAUAUAGAUGUCCAGCCUGCAAAAUAAGAUAUUGUUCACUUGGCUGUUAUAAGAGGCAUAAAGACACUUGUCUUCCUGUUGAGCAGCCUGCACCUAUUGAUCCUGAAGCUAAGGAUGCUUUCAACCCUGAGCCCUGGACUGUUGAGGAUCUUCUGCAUGAAAAUGACAUCAUCGACAAAGUGCCUCUGCAGAGACUCCAGCUGUUAGGACAGUCAAAAGAGCUAAGAGAUCUUCUUUGCAACCCCCAUCUGAGACAGUUAUUACGCUCCAUCGACAGUGCAGACAGCAAAGAUGAUGCGAUGAAGGCUGCCAUGCAGGAGCCACUGUUUGUUGAAUUUUCAGAUCAGUGUUUGAAAAUUGUAGAAAAGGCAAAAUCAUCCAGUGAAGCUGAUGAUUUGUAAAACUGUGCCUGUUGGGGAGUAUUUUGCUAUAUUUUUAUAGGGGGUGGUGGGUUCCUUUUUUUUUUUUUUUUUUUUUUUUUUAUAAAAAAAACAUAAAAUAUCUUGAAAUAAUUCACUGUGGCACGUGUUUGUAGUCACUGUAAUUUUUUUGAUCUAACUUCAUGCCUGGUGCCCUGUCAUGCUACAGAAUGUAUUGUGUUCAAAUAAAUUUAGAAAUGAUUUCAAACAAUA